UGAAACCACAAAAUAUCACCCCUAGGAGGUAUGUUCUGUGGCUGAAACAUAGAUAAAGACAGGACAGGCACGUUGAAGGGUUAGUUUUUGUCAUAGAUGUUUUUGUGUCAUGUAAACAAAAAAUUGGAAACGAAAUUGUUUAGUUAUUCCUGCCUAGUAUCACUUUGUGAUUGGUUGUUUAAUUUUUCGACUCUCACAAUGGCAUUGGUUGCUUAUGAAUACAGUAGCGGCGAUGAAGCCAUCACUGACGAGGAAGUUGAGUCCAGUGGCUCUAAAGUGGUCCUUUCAAAAUCAGACGAAGACCCAAGUCCCACUCAAUCUGAUGCUGAAAUCCCUGUAGCACCGAGUCUCUUUGCCCAGCUGCCCCAAGUCAAGGCAAAUGAGGUUACUGUUUCUGAAGAAAGCGACCAUUUGGAGGAUUUCAUCCCCACAGUGAAGACGAUCAAAGAAAAGAAAAAAGUACAAAUCACUAUUCCCUCCUUGUCGGAGUUUGACGAUCUCAACUUUGAAGAACCUAUGAUAAAACGGCCGAAACCCUCUGAGAAGGGCAGCGGUUUAUUGAGUCUGUUGCCUCCAGUACAAGGUGUGUCCAAAUCGAGCACCAUGUUUGUCCCCAAUACAGUGAAGAAGAACACCGUAACACCUACCAGCUCCAAAGCCUUAAUACCACGAUCUGUGAAGACAGCUCCAGUUCAGCCCAAGACUGUGAAAGUGAAAGGCGCAGUUGAUAGCGAUAGUGACACGGAUACCGAAGAAAUUCCAAUUCCCGACACGUUUGAUGACCAGAUGUGGGAGAAAGUGUGCGGCAGGCCGAAGCAACCGCCUAAACCGGCCGUAGUUGAAGUGGAUGAACGAGCUACAGCUGAAGCAGAGGCAUUCUCAAUUGCGCCAGUACCAGAAAAGCCCUACGACGGCCUGGAUAAUGUGGCGUUCAAGGAGCUGGUGGGCAAAACGAAAAGACCUAUCGGCAACAUCAAGCUGAUAGAUAUCAACGAAGACGAAAUACUGCCGGAUAGAGAUCUAUGGCUGACGAAAUCCCUGACUGACCCCGAAUUGGCUCCGAAACCAGCACCUACAGACGAGGACAUGGAUCCGGCCAAAAAGAAGCGGCAUCACAUCACUUAUCUGGCUCAACAAGCCAAGGCGAAUGAGCAGGAAUUGAAGGCCACUUGGGCUACCAGCAAGAAUAACAGGAUGAUGAGCCGUGCGAAAUACGGCUUUUGAUCAAUAUUUGCCAAAGUAUGAGAAUGUAUCAGGUGAGCAUAUUUAUGCUGUUAAUUUUUUAGGCAGUAUUUAAUAAAGUGUUUGAUUAAA